AUGAGUGGGCGCUAUGAAAGGGUCAUGUCAUCUGUGGCCUGGGGUCCGUACCACAAGAUGCUGACAAUCGUUUGUGGCUGCAUCAACGCAAGCGACAGUGUGGCAGUGACAUCACUAUCGUUUGUCAUUCCGAAUGCGAGUGCGACGCUUAACAUUUCAGACGAAGAGAAGGGCCUGCUGAUGUCGUGCGAUGCUGGUGUAGAUUACAACGGAGUGAAGGAAAGGCUGCAGGUCUGUGUGUAUAAGGGGGAUGUGUAG